CCGGCUAAUACGGUACAAUUGGCAACCCUACCUACACGUUUCAAAGGGGUGUGGCAGAAAAACAACGUGUAUUUGAGUCGUCCUAUGGGGAAACAAAUCCCAUUCAUUUGUCAUGAAGCAAAUCUUCAGCAAUAUAAAAGCGGGCUACCCAUCUGGCAUCUCUGAUCAUCUUUUGAUUUAUCUUCCAACAGCCUUUGUAAAACCCUGGAAAACAUGCAGAAUCUGACAGAGCUCCCAGGAAACACAACAUCCAGCAACAACCUUUCUGUCAUUGUAAAGGUGUGUGUGGUGAUCCCAUUCUUCAUUGCCUUCCUGUUCUUCAUCCUCCUGACGUUGUACACCUUUGCAUCUCACAGGCAGUUCUUUGACAGCUCCCGUUAUAUCCUCUUCACCUACAUGCUGAUGAACGACACCCUGCAGCUGCUCUCCUCUGUAUCCCUCUUCUUGUUAGUGAUGGGCGCUGUGCAGUUUGCGGUCGUCUACUGCGCACCACUGCUGUUUGUGUCUACUGCUACCUUCCUAAACACCCCACUCAUCCUUUCCACCAUGUCACUGGAGCGCUACGUGGCCAUUUUCUACCCACUUCACCGCCCUGCCAUCUGGAGACCGGAAUGGAUUUGGGUCAUCAUUUUAAGUCUGUGGCUCAUCAGCUGCAUUCUGCCCACUGUCGACUUUGUCUUGAUGCGGCUCAAGCCGGGUGUAGAUGUCCAUUCGACCCCGGUGCUCUGCAAGAGCACCGUGCUCAAUGCUUCUCCUAUUCAAGCUCUGUUCAAAGUGAGCCUCAAUGGGAUCUUCUUUGCAGUGGUCGCCGUGGUCAUCCUCUUCACAUACAUUCGGAUCCUGCUGGAGACCCGUCAGAUGCGGCAGGACCGAGUGUCAGUGAGGAAGGCUCUGCACACAGUGCUGCUUCAUGGGUUCCAGCUUGUCCUCUGCAUAAUGGCUUUCUCACAACCCGUCGCAGAACUCUUACUUGUCCAGCAUGUAAACUUGCCUCAGGCAGAUAUGUCUUUUAUCUACUAUUUCUGCUUCAUCCUGCUUCCUCGCUUCCUGAGCCCGCUCAUUUACGGCCUUAGAGAUGAGAGCCUCAGAAGCUAUAUGAAGAAAGCCAUGCCUGGUUAUGGUGCACGUAUUGACCCAAAUAAAGAAGUUAAAAUGGCUAAAUGAGAGCAAGAACAACGUUGUUGUUGGUUAUUGCUUUUAGUGACAGAUCGAGCAUUUAAAAUCAAUGUACAUUCUGUUGUAUAUUUGACACACACCAUCAAAAACUAAAGUUUCAUAUUUAUAUUAUUUGAUGGAUAAACAUAUUUUCUAAAAACAUAAAUCUGUCAAACCAAUAUUUGAUAAUUGUGUUCACUAACAGAUAAUUCUUUAUGUAUUUUUUUCUCCAUAGAGAACCUAUAAUUAUAAUAGGAGAUAAUAUUUAAGAUUUUUCUCCCGUUUAACUUGUGUACAUUAUUUUCUAUAAAUGCAGGCUGAUAAUAUUUGACUGAAAAUUACAUUAAUAAUAAUAACAAUGGAACAAAAAGUGUGGGCUCACGAUUACACUGAUGUUGUAAUUACAUUUAAGUUUAUGGGUU